UCACCCAGGAGCUCGUCGGCCAAUCAGCUUCAGUGUUGGGUCCCGCGAAUUCCCAAGCAGCUGCUGCGCUGGUGGAGGGUGGGCUUUAGGCGGAAGCGGCUUUUAGCCUCGCAGUUGCGAAAUGGGGGUGAAGCUGGAGGUGUUUCGGAUGACACUCUACCUCACCUUCCCUGUGGCUAUGUUCUGGAUUGCCAAUCAGGCCAAGUGGUUUGAGGACUAUGUCGUACAGCGCAAGAGGGAGUUGUGGCCACCUGAGAAGGAGGACCAGCGCCGAGAGCUAGAAGAAUUCAAAGAGAGGCUACGGAAGCAGCGGGAGGAGAAACUCCUUCGCGCUGCCCAGCAGAGCUCCUGAGGCCUCCAAGUGCCUAAGUCCCAGCCCCUCCACCCAUGAAAUAACACACACUCAUUUGUUGCUCA